AUGGAUAGGAAAGCCAUCGUCGAAAAGAUCAAGAAAUUACAGGCAAAUGCUGAGAAUGUUCAGCUUGGUGGCAAAGGAACCCCUAGACGAAAGAAGAAGAUUGUCUUCAAGACCGCCGCCGCUGACGACAAAAAAGUUCAAAGCAAUUUGAAGAAACUUUCAGUGACAAAUAUUCCCGGUAUCGAAGAGGUUAACAUGAUCAAAGACGAUGGAACGGUCAUUCAUUUCAACAAUCCGAAAGUUCAAGCAUCUGUUCCUGCUAAUACGUUCUCGAUCACUGGAGCUGGAGAAAACAAACAGAUUACUGAUAUGCUUCCUGGAAUACUUAAUCAACUUGGACCAGAGUCGCUCACUCAUCUUAAGAAAUUGGCCAAUAAUGUUACAAGUCAAUUCAAACCUGCGCCUGCUGAUGACGAUGUUCCAGAUCUCGUAGGGGACUUUGACGAGGCUUCAAAGAACGAGGCGAAAGCUGAGGAGCAAAAGGCUUAA